AUGCGGCUUCAUAUCGCGGGGCACAUCCUUGAGAAGGACUUGACGGGCGUAUGUGGCUUCUGUGGUCAAGACAAUGGCUGCAUCUCUUGGGUGAACACUCCCCAGACUGGAAAAGCAGCUCAACGGGUUUAUUCCCGAUGCCCUUGGACUCCCAGAUCCGCCAAGGACGAAGGUUCCAUCGUCUCGAUAACCCUGAAUUCGGCUAAGAAAUAUACCUGGAACAUGCCGUGUACCAAUGUGCCGAUGGAGUGCAUAUUCUGUAACCGAUGGGAAUGGAAAUACUCCAUAAGUACCCAUGUUGACGACUUACACGCUGCGGACGCGAAACUGAGGAAGACCGACUCGAAAGGUCCACAGUUUCUACAGAGCAUUAGUGUGGGCGAAGGCGAGAAGAAAGCUGUGGGCGCAAUGCUCCAAAAGGAUCUAAAAAGAGUGGGUGGUGGUGCACACAAGGCCAAGGUGGUGUUUCGUGGGAAUACCACGGGAAGAACUGGAGCCAGAGGCAAGGGUGGCAAAGGAAACCAUCGAGUGGACACCCCCAGCGAAUCGAGAGAUUCUUCCAGCGACUCGAGCGAUGAUUCCUCCAUCGAGUCUGACAGUGGUGAUGAUGAGGAAGAGAACGUGAUUGAGGACGACGAGGAGGACAACGAACAGGGGGACGAAGAAGAAGAAGAAGAAGAAGAAGAAGAAGAAGAAGAAGAAGAAGAAGAAGAAGACGACGACGACGAGAAAGAGGAACAGAGAGAAGUCGGCGGCGAGGGGGCGGCGGGUGGUAACGACCACCGCGCGUCUAUGGAAGUUUUGUGUAUAAGUAGGUUUGGCCGAACAGUAACGAAGAAGAGGAAGUGGAAGGAAGGCUAG